AUGAUAGUAUCGUGCAGGAAGAACAACCCGUUUACUUUUAAAGAGAUUACCUACAAAGAUAUCAUUGACUUUAAAAAUUGGUGGCCUUCUAGCUACAAAAAAACUGCGUCUUCGAUCCCUAAACCUGGUGAUACCACGCAGGCAUUCACUGUUUCAAAGUAUAGGCAGUUUGUUUAUGAUAGUUCUUCUCCAGGAUAUGUUACUACCUAUGAAUAUAUAGAUGGUUUUAUUUCUUAUACUUUUAAGCUCCUCAAACAGAACAAACCAAGUCCUCCUUUGCCAGAGAUACGCGCAUAUCAAGAGCCCGUUCCCAUCAACCAUAAGAAGAUCACCGAUAUCAAAAAAGUCAUGAAGUACAUUAACGGUGAAACAUUAGAAUUUUACUACCAUGUAACUUCCUGGAAGCAAAGCUACGCAAACGGAGAUCCCGCUGACUAA